CAGUAAUUUUAUGUCAUUUUACUUCAACAAUGUCAUUCCAAAACAUUAAUCAAUCGUUCAACUGUACUGUAUCCGGUUGCUUUAUUUCGCUACCAGGCGGCGCCUCUAGUACGACGUCACUCGUGUAUCUAUAGUUUCCUUCUGUUUUGAAACCCAAGCUUAGUGAUUUAGUUCCUUGAGAAAUAUUAAAUACGCGAAAAGUGUUAAAAAGUGUGAUUCCACAGUUUCGUAAAGAUGGAAAAGAGGGUCGCCUUGGAAUUGAGAGGAAGAAAUCCGUCACAGGUGAAAGAAUUAAACCUGGACAAUUGCAGGAGUACCAAUAUAGUUGGACUUACAGAUGAAUAUACCAAUCUUGAAAACCUCAGUCUUAAUAAUGUGGGUCUCACCACACUCAAAGGGUUCCCUACACUGCCUAAGCUCAGAAAAUUAGAGCUAUCAGACAACAGAAUAUCCAAUGGAUUAAACUUCCUCAAUGGUUGUAAAAAACUAACACACCUCAAUUUAUCAGGAAAUAAAAUCAAAGAUUUAGAGACACUGAAACCAUUGGAGGACUUCGAGAACUUAAAAAAUCUUGAUUUGUUCAACAAUGAAGUCACAAGUAUUGAGGACUACAGGAGUAAGGUGUUUGCACUACACCCAUCACUAAAAUACUUAGAUGGAUUUGAUAAGGAGGACAGAGAGGCCGAAGACAGUGAUGCAGAAGAAGAAGAUGAAAUGAAUGGAAAUAAUGAUAGUGAAGAAGAUUUGGACAUAGAUUUGGGUCCGUUGGUGAUAGAUGAUGAUAGUAUAUCAGAAAGGCCGGCAGAAGAGAGAACCUCUCUACCAAUGAUAUUGUACAGUGUUUAUGGUCUGCUAUUCCACAUGGGUUUCCUUUUAAAGAGUUCAGAAGUGGAAGAUGAGGAGGAAGAAGAUGAGGAUGUGUCACUCAGUGCAGUUUACAAUGAUAACCUUGAAGAAGAGAGCUCAGCUAGUUCUUUGUACGACGGCAGUGACGUAGAGGAAGAGGAGGAUGUGGAUGAUGAUGAGGAAGCAGAAAAUGAUGCAGACGGAGAGCAUAAUUCUAAAGCACAAGAUGGUGAAGACAACGCUCACGGCGAACCAGAAGAAAGCACUCGAGGUAAAAAGCGAAAACACGAGGAUGACGACGAGAAUUGAGUGUUGCCUUAAGCGGAAUUAUCUUACUAGUUUGUAAGUGUACAGCGCUCCGAUGCAUCGGACAAUAAACCUGUUCACAAUCACGACACCCGCAGUCAUCCCCGUAGACUAGUUGUCAUUCGUGAGAUUGAUACCGACACCCAAUGAGGCUAGACUCGAUCGCUUUUAACCUAGACUUAGGCGUCCGGUGGACGUCGUACAAUUUGAUAAUGAAGUUAUUCUAUCAUUGAUUAAUGUUGAUGUCUCAAUAGACAUGUAUUGUGUGAAAUCUGUAGUUUGUUGUCCGACAGUUAAUGUUUCAAUUAAAUUGUUUAUGUAAUAAUCAUUUUUUAUUCUAUUGAUAUGCUUAAUUUUAGUCUAAUCAUUGAAAUGGAAGUGCAUGAUUUUAGGAUUUUAAUAGCUCUCAUUUGAUCUACAGAUUUGGUGAAUUGUAUUAAUUAGCUAUAAGUAAGGAAACAUGAGUAAAUUGUUCGACAAAACUGUUCCAUGCCCUUGGAAUCAUUACAACUUAAAUUCUGACGUGGGCACCGCCUGUUUUUUGAUGACCAAGUUAGACUGAUAAAGACAUACUAAAAAAAAUAUGAUGACAUUGAGGUCAAUUUUCAUGUAGAGAAUUAUUUACUAUAAUUACAAAUUAUGAUAAUGUAAAAUAUUCAUCGACAUCCAUGAUUUCGAGUUUAUAAGGUAUAAGAGGGAUAUAAAUAUUUUUACAAGAACAAAAGCUUAUAAGUACCUCUCAUAACGAUAUUUAUCACAGAUUCUUUUCAUUUUUCAGAUUUUAAAUUGCAACAUUAUGUAUUUAACAAUAUUAACCUUUUAUCGCCAAAAAAUGGGUUUAUAAAAGUCGACUUGGUAAGUGAUUCGUAGCUAUGACAAUGUCACAGAAUGACGAUAUAUUUUUAGCAAAUUAGAUCAAGUUUUGUUGGCAGCUGAUAUGUAGACUGGAAGCAGUUGGUUUAUCUCUGCAGUUAAGCUUAGGAAAUAUUUGUUAAACCAUACUUUGUUAUGCAUUAACUUCAAUUAAGUGUUGUAUUUAAUUAACUUGGAAUAUAUUACAGAAAACGUUAUUAAUAACAGAAAGACCUAAAAUGUGUAAGUAAUAACUGAGAAAACAAGUUUACAAUUAUUGUUGCUAUUGUGGUACAGUCUGUCGUACAGGGUCUCACAAUAAAAAUAAGUGACACGCCUUAUGCCAGGAACACAUCAUAUUAGAAUUUGACCACAUUAACCAGAAUCGUAUACUUGCUUUUAACGUUAACCUUCAAAUGUUUGUUACAUUGAAUUGACAAUAAAAUGAUGGGUACAUAUUUUUGUUAAAGUUUUAUUUGUUCAGCAAUUGUUGUAUGUCUAGGCGUUCAAAAGGUUAAUAUAAAUUAAAUGCGUGAUUUGUUUGUGCACACAUUUAACUAUUAUGAUAAUCUCUCUCGCGGGAUUGUACAAAUUCAAUAUCAAAAUAUUCGUAAUCUCACUAAUGAUAACUGACAAUGUUCAGACAAACAAUAAAAUUUCAAUGGGCGUAGUAAAAUAUCUUAAUCCGAUUAAUUAGAUCAAAUCUUUGACGUCUGAUGAGUUCAGAGAGUAUUUUUCUACAAUCUUUUUAAAUUUUAAAAUAGCAAUUUAUGCACUUAUGAAUAUCAAUGAAAUGUUUGGUUGAUGCAUCAUGGUGUACGUGCCAGAUAUGUUGAAGAGAAUUUUAGUUAAUAAUUUUAUUAUAUUGUGUAAGUCAUUAAGUUUAAGUAAUUUACAACUUUGGCCUGUUGAUAUAUAUUAUAUAUAAUCCUAUUAAGACUUUAUUUCUGGGAUUGUAAAAUAAAAGCUAAACAUAA